CGCCUAGAAGAUCUUAGUAAAUUACUGAGGUUUGUUUAAAGAUGACAAGUCACUGGGGCGAAAUUCCUAUAGUUCAAGAGAGCGACCCAGCAACAGCAGCUAUUGAAAGAGAGCAGAUGACAAAACUUAGACCGAUGGAAUUAGAGGGACCAAGACUUCAUCAGCCAUCAAGCAGACAUUACCCACCUACAAAUGAACCAUUGCCUGCAGAGAAGUUUCAGAUAGACCCCAUUGUUCUACAUACUAUACAAUUAUUACAACAUGCAAGAAGGUUACGUUCUCUCAAAAAUAAUCUUUUACAACAUCAACAACAGCUACAGCAAGAUAAAAUAAUAGACUUUGACACAACAUAUCCAGAUGCACCACCUAUACCAGAGUACUCAGGUCCACCAGCAGUGAAACAAAAACUGCUACAUCCAGUUCCUUUUAUGAACAAAGAUAUGGAAAGUGACUUUGUUCUUGGAAAGAGUGAGCCAUUACCUCAGAUAGAUGAUGUAGCUUGCCGGCAUUUACUACGGAGAUCUGUUGCUGCAAUCCUGGCUCAUGCCGGAUUUGACAGUUGUGCAGAAUCUAUACUAGAAACAAUGACCGACUUUACAGGAGAAUAUUUCACACAGUUUACCAGACAUCUUCGUGCAGCAGCAGACAACCUGGCUGGUCAUGAAUCAACAGGUUUCCCUGAUAUAGUAGAACAGGUGUUCCAAGAAAUGAAAGUUGGCAGUGUUACGUGUCUGCAUGAUUUUUAUCACAAGCGUGUGAUAAACUACCACAAGAAUAUGGAGGAACAAUGUCAGCAACUUGAUGAGGAGUAUGAGAAGCUGAAGGAACCCAUGUUACAACAAAAACCUCCAGAUACUCUCUCAGUUAUCAGGAUUAAGGAGGAACCAUCUGAAAUACACUUCCCCGAGCUUGACGAGAUUGAUGAAGUCAAUAAUGCUGAACAACUUCUUAACUUAAAUGAUCUUGGUGGGUUUGAGAUAACAGUGGAGCAUGAGUCAGCUAGUGGUCUUACAACAGAGGUCGAGUCAAAAUGGUCACAUGUGAAAGCUGAACAUGGAGAUCCUAAAGUUGUAAACUUGGAUAAUUUUGAUGAGAGUGGAACUGCUAUCAAAGAUGAGCCACCUUCUGUAUCAUCAAGUGAUGCAGACGACAGUAUGCAUGAUCCGCCAUCUAUAACAGUAGCAGAUAUAAUGUCGCCAACAUCACUGCCAAGUAAAGCUAAGAAAAAAAAAAAGUGAUGUGGAAUGAAAAAUAUGAGAACCAUACAGAGAUCUAAUCUUAAGAGUAAGCACUGUGAGAGAAUGUAUUGGUGUCUACACAUGAAUGUACUGUUAUACUUCAUGACUAUACUGUAGUGUUAACAGUGUGAUGAAUUGCUCAAGACUAAAAUUGCCUUGAUUGUGAAGUAUAUAGUGUGUCUGUUAAGACAUAGACAUCAAAGCUACUUGUACUUCGAGAUAGUUAUAUCGGUAAAUCAUAGUGACAGUACUGCAAAAAAAAAUAUAACUUGAUAGGUACAUUUAGUUACAGAAGUAGCAAGGAAAGAAACCUGAUUUCCAAGUGUUUUCAAAAGGUUGCAUCCCUCUAACAAAAAGUUUGACACUAUUUUACAUGUGUUAUAACCAGCUACACCGCUUUUUGUUUUGUUAUUGAAACACUAUGAAACAUCAUGUUUAUUUGGUUUAAACAUUUUUAUUCAACAUAACAUUUAACAUGUGAACAAUAUUUAUAAAAAAACAUUUUGGGAUUGGGCAGAAAACUAUAACUAUCCAAUGUUAAUUUGUAUGUGUCCCUGGUAGCUAAUACAAUAUCAUAUAUAACGUUGUUAAUGAGGGAGAUAGCAUUAUCAUCUUACAAUAUAAUGAUGAAUGUUGAUGAAUAUAUUAAUAACUCGCUUUUCACUGGUUAUGUUAACCAAGCCGUUUCCAUACCCACCUUUUCAAAAUCCAGGUAGAUCUUAUAGGACCAUAUUUAUAAUGUUCUACUGUAAUAUGUUGGAAUCUAAAUGGUGUACAAUUUUUAUAUUUUGAAAGACUUUCUAAUGAGAAUUCUUAGGUUCUUCCAAUAUUAUCUUCAUUUUAGAUUUCAAGGAAAUUAGUGUUAUAAAAGUGACAAACAGCACAACAUGACUAUUAAAUGUUAUGAAAGAACUUCAAGUAUCAAUAUAUGAUAACUUUUUCUUGAGGUUAAUUCUGUGAAUUAUAACCCUGUUUUCUGAAUAUUUUUAUUUUAAAUAACAAGAACUAUGUGCAAUAAAUAUAAACAAGUAAGAA